AGUGACUAGUGAGUCAGACCUGGUGUAGCAGUUGAGACAAGUGUGUGUCUCUGUAAGCCUUACUGUCGUAAGCAAGUUUAAGAGAGAGCUUUGGCUAAAUACCUGGCUCCAUCGCGUGUAUCGUGUUUCUUUCGCAGAACCUGCUGGACAAGCAGAUCGAGCUGCUGGAGCGCAAAUAUGGCGGGCGGGGUCGAGCCAGCCCAUCCCAGGCCGCAACAGCAGUUGAUUUGCGUCCUCAUUCCCGCCACCACAUUCUACCCGAUUCAAAAAGUCGAUGACGACUUAAAUAGAAGACCUUACCAUAAAUAUUUUAUAUAUUUAUCAGAGGAUUCUGGUGAUGGCUCCCUCUCAAAUUCCCCUUUUUCCUCCCGAAAACUCUCUGCCAGCGGCUCUUCGAAGAGUUCCUUUGGAGACGACCUCGCCUCUGACACGGACGGUUCAACACAAAGUCCCCUCCGGAGCCCUCUGCAAGGGACGACGCGGCAGUAUCUCGCCAUAGGUAAAAAAAUUCUCCUUCACGGAGCAGAUAAAACCCAAGGCUUGAGCGCUCUCUGGACUCAAGAAGGGGAAUUUUUCCGGCUUCAUCUCGAAGGAAAGCUCAAAGAGCCCCAUCAUCUGGUGGUGGAGGGAGCCUUGCUGCUGAGUUUAGUGGGUCUGAAUCUGGCCAGAUUGUCCACGACUGUUUCCGAAACCACUUUUCUGGGGCAGACGUUGGUGGAAGACGCCCAAUUUGAAACCAUCUCCUUUUUAGAAGGUACCCAGACUGCUUCCAAAGUGAGCGUUGCUCCGGGCGCUGUUCUUAUUUACCGAAACCUGGCGUUCGCAAAGGAAGUCUCGCUAGAAAAUCACGGAACCGUGCGUGGCCUCGAGAAUGGAUUUGUGCGCUUAGGUAAGGCGCAGAUAACAAACGUGGGUGUUUGGGGUCUUCUGGGACCUCAAACAUGGACCGGCCCAGGAGUUUUCAGCCAGGAAGAAACAGGGGUUUUUGAAGGGCAAGCCCUUUGGAAGGUGGAUGAACUCAGGCUUCUCAACCGCGGGAAAAUAGUGCUUGAAGGCUGGGGCGGAACACUUUCUACCUGUCAGAACGCGGGAGAGAUCAGAGCCCAAAAACUUGAUCGGUUGGUGAUUCAAAACUUUGAGAACACGGGCAACUGGAUGGGAUCGGGUAAAAUUGUUUUGGAAGGAGUCUCCAUCAACCGUGGAAGUAUCGCACCUUGGAAAGAAGCUCCAGAGUUUUUUCUGAAACUGGGUGGUUCUUUCAUUAAUUUUGAGACGCUCUGCGUUACAUGCCUUUAUGGCUCUGAAGCUUUCACAAAUGCGGGACGGGCGGUUCUGGAAGAUGUUAGUGCCGAGAAAAUCCUUCUUCAGAAUUCCGGGACUCUCGAAGCAAAAACUCUCACCCUUCGUGAUCAUGGGGUCGAAAACACCGGGGAAUUGCGGGCCGAAAUUCUUGCGAGUCCCGGGAAAGAAAUCUGCAACGACGGUGCCCUGUUUGUAGAAAAUUUGCGUGUUAAAAGACUUCUGAACCUUGGAAAGGCACAUCUAUCCCGGGUGGAGGCCAAUGAGAUCGAAAACAGUGGAGAGGUCUUUUUGAGCUGCUCUCCUGUCUCUUUUCUGAGGUGCACAGGUGGUGGAACCUUCCAUUUCCCUCCUUUUAGUUCGCCACACCUCCCAGAAUUCUUGAAGACAGGCCGCUGGUAUGUGGAGCACAUGACGCUUCAAGAAACGCCUGGAGAAUUCAAACCUGUUCGAGUUGGGGCGUUUGAUUUAUCGAUUGGGAAACUUACCUUGGAGGCUCAUCUCGAGAACAUCGGGGUUUUACAAGUGGAGACUUUGAAGGGUUCGGGGCGCACGGUUCUCAACACAGGCAGUUUCACCUGCAGUAAAAAAUUGAAAUGUCAGCGUCUUCAAAACGACAGGGAUUUGUUUGGGUCAGGAGAGUGGAGGAUCACAGACCAUUUCCUAAACAACGCUUUGUUUACAACCUAUGGUACCCAUCAGCUCAAAGCUGAAGCAUUCACCCAUUGUGGAGCUAUGCAAGGUGUUGGAUCCGACAGCGUCUUCACCUUCAACGGUCUGCGUUUCAUCAAUGGUCUUGUGCCGUCAAAUGCGCCUUACAGAGAGCGCACUGAAAGGGCCGCCGAACCCGUUUUUGGCGUUGAGAGAACGAAACUGUGUGCUCAGCCUGUCUAUCCUCCGACUUCCUUACCUAUACGGUCACCUGUUUCCUUAAAAACAACGGUUCAAAGUGAAGGAGGAAUGCUUUUUUGCGUCCGGGAGCUUGUCAAUAGCCGCUGGGGAAAGAUUACGGUGCAGGGAAGCUUGGAGGUGGUUGUUGAACAAGGGGAUAUUCUUGUCGGAGAUUAUAUGCCUGGCCCUCUAAGAAGCGCACAUUCAACGAGCAACCGCACCAGAACAGGAACGAAUUUAGAUGGCAUACUCUUGUGCUUCCCGAUUACGUAUCAAGGUGGCCAAAGCAAUGGAGGGGGAUUUUCGAGCCAGGGGCCAUUGACGUUGCGUACACCCGCAGGAGCUGUGCGGGCCAAUUACGGAACUUUGGCGAGUGAGGCUCUUUUAUCGCUGCAAGCCCAGGAAUUUCAGUGUAUCGCCACAAACGUAAUGGCUCAAGAAGCCCUGAUUGAGACGCCAGUACUGCGGAUUGUUCGUGAUCAGCUCUACUGGAGUCCUUACCGCGGCUAUGUGGAGGCGUUCUGUGGAGGGAGAUGGAAAUGGCACCGGACAUUUGUAAGCGGCUCCUCACCCCAUGACCGGUCAGAAGCAAGCACACUGCAGAUCAGAGGAAACUGCAAGGUUGUGGGACUCAUAAACGGCUGCGUCGAAAGCUCAAAAAUUCUAGCAGGAUGCAAUCUCAACGUUAACGGUGUCGAGCAUCAUGGAAAAGGCUCAACAAUUCUUGUGUACGGGACCAGUGGUGCUCAAAGCGCUGAAGUCUCUCAGAUUACAGGAGGUCAGAACGUCUCUUUUAAUAUUGACGAUUUUCGGGUAGAUGGUGCCCUUGUGGGCGGAGUCCUCCUAGACAUCAAUGUGCGCAAUUUAAUUGGACGUUCGGGACGUCGAGAGAACGUCGAAACCCAAGCCCUUAACUUAAACGAUUUUGCAUGUAAGAAAUUUCCUGGUUUUGUAACCAUUGACGAUACAGACACAGUGCGUUUGACGAUUCCCUGGGGUGACGAAACGAAACUCCCAACUUUGGCGUGGCUCGGACAUUCUGAGACGUCCAUCAGUCUUGCACCCUCUUUGAUGCGAUUCCUCAUGCCGCAUCUGGUCGGUUAUCUGGGGCUCGAUGCGCUCAUGCCAGAAAAUUUAGACCAGUUGGCGAACAACGGACAGCAAGCUGCACGCGAAGGUCUCGAAGCGCUGCCUCCAGGGUCAACAGCUGCUGAAAAAACUGUUGGCGAGGAAACCUCUCUCGCACUUCCGUCUUGCGUCGAUUUGCAACGCGUGGCCGCAAAUUUUGGCAGUUUCCUGUUUACGCAGGGACGUGAUGUGUGGCUUCAGCCUUCUCCUCAUCAACAAAAUCUGAUACAGGCAGGAAAAUCUUCCGCAACGACAGUUCUGUACGGCAAAGAGCAUGCGCACAUCACUGUUCAAGAACACACUGAUUUUGAGGGUGUCGUGGUCGCAACAGAAGGGGAAGCAGAAGACGCCAUUAGAGUACAGAGUGGAACAGCCAACGUCCGUGCGGCAACGCACAGUGAAACGCACGCACUCUCGAAUGGUGUGCGCAUCUCGGAAAUUCUGGAUCAACCUAGUGGUUUCUUGGCGCCUUAUGGGGGAGCGAUUGUGGAGACCCAGAGGCUUCACACCCAGGCAGCGACGCUUUUUGCUACAAAAAAACACAUUUUUCUCCGGAGCACAGAAGGGGAAAUGCGCGUUGAGACACAGACACUUCACGACAAAAUCGCCACAGUGAAAAGUCACAAACGUGGAGGAGUGGGCGGAGGAUGGAUAACAGAAACCAACGUGAUGGAGACGACCUUGGAGAUGCCCUGUCAGCUCGCAAAUGAGACGGCCGUUUAUGUUGCAGGAGCGAAAGGGUCUACGCUGGUGGCCCCACAGAUCAAGACGUCUUUCCUCACGUUGGAUGGAGGAGAAGGGCCUGUUCACCUGCUGCAUGCGAUCAACGUGCAGUCGUCUGUUGAUUCCUGGGACAAGAGUGGCACCUUCUCCAAUAGUUCAGGGAGCGAGCGGAAGGUUGAGCAUCGCCUCGUUCCAGCGAUUCUUGAGACCAACGACUUGAAUCUCAAAGGACAAGGUGCCAUUUUCUCGGGCUCUGUUAUCCAGAUUCCCGGAACUGUUCAGGAUACGACGCGUGACGGUACGCAGAUUCUGACGGCAAAAACUAAAAAUACAAUCGAACGGCAUUAUGAGUCUUCCAAAUUGCUGCAAGACCGUGAGGUGAUCCAGGAGGGGGGCAUUGACACGCUUUUACAACCGAGGCCUCAGAUAGGAAACUGGGUCCGAGACGUACCCAGAAAUACGACCGGGGUCCUUGUUUUAGAAGGGGUAUGUGGAAAAAUCGAACGCCUUGACCUCAAAGAUGCGGCACUGACGGUUCGCGACGCGACGCAAGGAGCUUGGGGCAACGAGAUGGCCACAACGUCCGGUCUGGUGGGUGGUCCUUUUCAAGCAGAACCGUUGGCGAGUGCGCUUCAAAAUAGAAACAGCGACGCACAUCCGUUCCUUCAAGCGGUUGCAAGCGCCGAAAUUCUCCACGCUGCUUUUGGCGUUGUGCAAGCAGCGAGUCAGAUUCUUGACGUUUUGAAAGCAGGAAGUAAGGGAAUUCUCUCUCCCGCACUUUCAAUCUCUCAGAUUUUUCUUCAACGUUACGGAACGACCACCUUUGGGAAGCAGAAAUCAAGCAACAGUUUUAAUCAACAAUCUUCUAUUCCCUCGCAAUUAGAGAUCAAGAAUGCCCGCAUCACCAACAACACGUUUGUAAAAUUGCAGGGUCACAUUACGGGGCACAAUUGGUAUUUGCGGACAAAGCAGUUUCAAGGCACCUUCAGUCUGGAUGAGGGGCAGCACGUCCAGACCAGCUCUUCCCGGACAAUGAGUAUCAACCCCUUUGGAGGCGUAGGCAUUGGACGCAAUCAGGGUCAGGGCUCCAGGUCGCAGAAAUUCCCCAGCUUGAGCACGCUCAGGCUCGAGAAGCUGGAUUUAGCAGCGCCUCAGAUGGACCUCGUAGGCUUUGAGAUUCAAACGCACAGAGGACGUGCAGAAAUUGGGGAGAUGGUCUUUCAAGGCGUGUGUGGGGAGCACCAUGAAGAGAGAGAAAGCUCGGGAUUCUCUGUGAAUCUCUCGCUUAAUCCCGUCUCCUACGUUGGUUCCCAAGCCGCUUUUACAGCUGCGACAGCCCUUUCGGCUCAACAAGAGAAGAAGAGCCAUUGCCGGCGCAUUCAAACACUUGGUGCAGGGAUCUUCAGUGUUCAUCCACUGACAGGGCGAAUCCAGAAGCUCCGCACGAUUGGCCAGGAGACAGGGAUUGGAACGCUGGACGCUGAAACAGCGCAGACAAGCCUCACAUCUGAUGCCACAACCCAGGCAAGCACGCAUCUGACCGUCACGCAAGAAACCCACGAAAAACUCGAGGAAUUUGACAGAGAGGACCACACCGCUUUUUCGAUUCCCCUGAGUACGAUUGGAGGGAUGGUUUCGGAUGGAAUGUGGAUUCGGGAGAAACUGAGUUCAAUUCAAGAACGCAUUGUACGUGCUGAGGCGGAAGAGACGAGCAAGAAAAUCAUCUCAGAAACCCUCAAUGAACCACAGAGAGAACCUUUGAGUGUUCAGGAGAAAGCGCAAGCAGAAGCAUCCGUGAAGAUGUUUAUGGCUGAUGCAGAGGUGAAAGAAGCGCUUCAUACUGUGGUUCGGGCCAAACGCCUGCUGAUUGAAGCACGGGUGGAAGCAGAGGCGCGCCACUUUCAAGAGAGGUCUCCAGCUCCUUCAAAGCCAACCCGUGUUGUUAAAGCGUCUCAGGGAAGCCCCUCAGCUGGCACUCUUCACCCAAGACCUUCUCCAGCACAAACCAUCUCUGUCCCCAAUACAGAUUCCUCAAGAACGCCUGAAGUGACAGUUUCCGGUGUAUCCAGGGUGACGACUGAGAUGAAAGUGCAAGCGGCGUAUGAAGACGUGGUGGUGGCACAAGGGAUGUUGGGCCGGGCUUACGGGCGGUUUGCGCGUGAAUAUCCCGACACGGCGUCUUUUGUCUCUCGGGCUAAAAACGAGAUUUUGUGGAUUGUGGGCACAGGCCUUUGUCUCUGGGGAUAUGCGGAAGCAACGGCUACGGGUGUGGCUGUGGGGGGAAUCCUUGGUGGUCCUCCUGGGGCUAUUGCGGGCGGGGUUUUGGGCAUAAUCGGGGCGAACGCGCUGGAUCAAACCGCUGGUGCAGCGACAGAAGCUGUUCUCAACAAGGCUUACGCGUUGAGCCCCACAAUCGGAGAAUUUUUGGAGCUUACGGCGGGUGUUCUCAUGGUUCGAGGUGGCCGCAAGCUCCUCACCAGACAAAUAAGAAGCGCAACGACCCCCGCUCUUAAAAAAAUCGCCGAACCUAAACAAGCGCCUCCGCCCCUUCCAAAAAGAAAAGCGAAAUCCGCAGAGCCCAGUUCCGGGGUAAUUCCAAAACGCACGCCUCCAUCAUUGCCUCCGUUGAAACUAAAACAAACGCCCCCUUUUGUCCCCCCAAAACCAGGAGCAAGUACGAGCUUAACUUCCAGCGUCAGCGUCAACCAACUAACUGCUGCCUAUGAAAAAAACGGGCACCUCCAAAAAGGAGGUAGAAAUGUGGAGACCACGGUGGUAAAUUCUUCCGGGUUGCUGACGACGGCCUUUUCGAGAGAUGCCAGGGCUUGCAUGAGGGAUGUAGAGGCACGUUCUGGGAUAUCGAUGAGACCCGAGCACAGCCGACUUUUGAAACAAAACCUGCAACAAAAUAAGUACAGAAAAUUGGAAGGGGAGGCAAAACAACUGCAUAAGGAUGGCUACACACCGGCUGUAAAAGAAAGGCUCAAAAAAGAAUGGUCAGAGCAUUAUGAUCGCCCUUGGCCGACGACACCGAACCCCAAGACAGGGGAACCGAUGCACCAUCAAUUUCACCAUAUCAUACCACAGAAAGUUGGUGGCCCACAUGAAUGGUGGAAUGGGCAUCCUGUAUGGCAACCAGAACACCAGGGAGGUGUUCAUGGGAAAAAUGCCCCUCUCACAAUAAUUUUAAAGGGUAUGGAUCAGUGAGUGAUUUUUCUUUCAUAAAGCCUUAUAUGGGGCAAAAUUACGGAAUAUUUUCGUCUUUUUUUCUUUCUUCCUUACUUCUUUCUUGAAAAAAUAUCCUCCCCCUCUUUUCUGGAAACAAGUCAUUUCCUUUCCAUCCUUUCAUUACGCUCACCCUGCGUUGGUGAUCGCGUUGGCUUUGUUUGUCGUAUAAAACCCCAUCAAUUGCAGUUCUUCUUUAGUCAAUGCUAGGCUGUUCACCCAGUCUAGUGUUGAUUGACACCCUUUGGCGAGUCAAGUGUCAGGCCGUUUAUUCGACCUGCUACUGGCCUGCUCGUUCCCCGUUUUUUAACUUGUCGUAUUUGUGUCUUUCUUGAGCUUGACGCUGGCUAUACGGCUACGGCUGUGUGUAUGCCUCCAACCUUUUGAGGCAUCCCUGCUAGCACGCUUACAUCUCAACAACGUACCCUUCUAUCCAUAUUGGACGAUUGGAUAUACAUUUGGGUCAUCCAUGGAUAUCCAAAUGGACAAGAUGUGGACGCGUUUGAAAUUUUACCCUGGCCACAUUUGGAUGUAGAUUAUACACUGUUUGUCCAUGUUUUGGACUAUCCACCCUACAAACAAUUGAGCCGAAAUAUGUACAGCCGAAAUAAAUUUUAAUUAAAUAAAGUUGGCCAUGAAUGAAAUGUAAUACUCAUUGUAUUUUCCACUUACAAAUAUAGCGAUAAGUGUAAGACUGUAA